AUGUGGCUCUCGGGGCGUUCGACGCCUGCUGCAACACCCUCUGGCUCUCCACCCCCGCCUGCAAACAGAUCCUAUUCUCCUGCCCCCAGGAGGCCUAGCUAUCUAGCGCCCCCUUCUGCGGCUCAAAGACCGCCUUUCAACCCGCGGUCAUCGUCCCUGUCCCUGAUCUCCAAUGAUUCUACAACGUCUUUGUUGUCUUCGUCGCGGCGGCCGAAUGGAUCUGGGCUCAAACAGUCGGCCACAGCGGUGAAUGCACCGGAUCCCCUACAAGUACUGGAGAGGCUUCUGGGUUCCGAAGGGAAGAAAAAGGUAUCCUCGAAAGCUACCAAUGGAACUUCCACAAACAAUAACUUAGGGGACUACGACUACGAGGCUGAGCUCGACUUCGAUGGCUUAAGUUUGCGAGAGAUAGUGGAAAGCCAGUCCUCGAAUGCCAAAGAGGAGCAUGUAUAUACUUCGCAGACUACCGAAGAGUUUGAGAAUGACAAAGACAAGUUCGAAGACCUGCAUAAAUCCAUUCGUGCCUGCGAUGACGUGCUGAAUUCGGUUGAGAUCAAUUUAACGAGCUUCCAAAAUGAUCUUGCGGCAGUCUCCACGGAAAUCGAAACUCUACAAGCCCGGUCUACAGCACUCAGUGUACGGUUGGAGAAUCGCAAAGUGGUUGAGAAUGGCUUGGGACCCUUCGUGGAGGAAAUCAGUGUUUCUCCUGCGGUCGUCAGAAAAAUAGUGGACGGUAGCAUUGAUGAGGCCUGGGUGAGAGCAUUGGCAGAAGUUGAGAAACGAUCGAAAGCAAUGGAUUCAAAGUCGAAGGAGCAUAAAAAUGUGAAAGGUGUUAGUGAUCUCAAGCCAUUGCUAGAGAAUCUCAUAAACAAGGCCCUGGAGAGAAUUAGAGACUUUUUGGUGCAGCAAAUUAAAGCCCUACGAUCACCAAACAUAAAUGCUCAGAUUAUACAGCAGCAGCACUUCAUCAGAUAUAAGGACCUCUAUGGGUUCUUACACAAACACCACCCUCAGCUCGCUGAAGAGAUUGGUCAAGCAUACAUGAAUACUAUGCGAUGGUACUUUUUGAAUCAAUUUACUCGCUAUCAAAAGGCAUUGGAGAAGGUCAAACUUCACAUACUGGACAAGCAUGAUGUUUUGGGCCAGGAUGAUGGGACUCGGAAAACGACAAUCCUAUCUGCGCCGAAAAUUACGGGCCCACCACAUGAUGCUUUCAACCUAGGUCGUCGAAUCGACCUCUUGAAGACAUCAAAUCAAACGGCAUUGUCAUCUUUCCUGGCGGAGGAAGAUAAAACUACACAUUAUCUCGAAUUUCCAUUUCGAAAUUUUAAUUUGGCUCUCGUGGACAAUGCCUCUGCAGAGUACUCCUUCCUAACUACCUUCUUUUCACCCGCACUCUCGUACUCUACGAUAUCAAAGCACUUCAAGUUUAUUUUCCAGCCGACUUUUGCUCUAGGUCAGACCCUGACAAAAUCACUCGUCAAUGAGUCAUAUGACUGUUUAGGUCUCCUUUUAUGUGUGAGACUGAACCAGCAUUUCGCAUUCGAGCUUCAACGCCGGAAAAUACCGGCUGUAGAUGGUUAUAUCAACGGAACCAGCAUGCUGCUAUGGCCUCGCUUCCAACAGAUAAUGGACCAGCAUUGCGACUCAGUCCGAUCUGUCACAAACAGCAUUUCAAGUCGCAAACCCUCCGCCUCGGAGCAGGCGAAGCAGUCAGCCGCCCCGCAUUUUACGACACAGCGUUUUGCACAGUUCAUUCAGGGUAUUCUAACCCUGAGUGCCGAAGCAGGGGACGAUGAGCCUGUCUCUGCGAGCUUGAUAAGACUCCGCAGUGAAAUAGAGGCGUUCCUGACGAAGACAAGUAAGAAUAUUGGGGACUCGAGAAAAAGGGAGAGGUUCCUUUAUAAUAACUAUUCUUUGAUUCUGACCAUCAUCGGGGAUCUUGAGGGCAAGCUGGCGCUGGAUCAACAGGAGCAUUUUGAGGAACUUAAGAGGGCGUUUGGAGAAGGUGCAUGA